CUCUGACAAAGGCUACAAGAUUAUGUAGUUUAUGAAUGUAAAAGAUUUAUAAUUCAACUAUCACAUAACCAAGAUUAGUUUAUUUAUUCUUAUUAAACAUUUACAGCGCCAGGCAAGCAAAAUGGGCUCUCAAAACGUGAUGAAGUUUUGGUCGUCGAUCUUAAGCGAGAGUGUAUUCGUGGACCAGUUGGAGUCCAUUAUGGAUAUUGGAGACAGUGAAGUACGGGCAUUCAAGCUCCUGUGCAAGACGCUCUUUCUGCUGGUCAUGGAAAUCAAAAAUGAACGGGAUGAAAUCAAGAGCACAGGAACAAGCAACAAUGGCAUAUGCAGGCUGUGUCAGGACAAGUUGUCAGGGAAGGAUGACAAAGUGGAGAGGGAAGAAGAGUCUGUAGACCACAAGAAUCCAGAUAAGAAGUCCGUCAAGGUGAGGAAGGUUGCUGGUAAGGGCUGCCGGAGCCUCUCAAGACCCUCGCCACUGAAGAUGAUUUUUGGCUCAAGAAAAGGGAACGAAGACGAGAAAAGAGAGGAUUGUGGGUCAGAGGAGGAGGAGGAUUCACCGACCAGUCCUGAAGUUGUAGUUCCUGAGACGAUGUCACUCGAUGAACACCCUCUCCAUGUGAAUGUGGAGAAGAGGAAGAUGCUGAUGAAUCACAUUGUUAUGGUCCCUGAAACUCUACCUUUGAACUUUACACAGAGGCAUGAAGAUGAUACAUACAACAAUGAGGACUUUUUUGAUACGUGCAAAGAAAACAUUUCUUCUGAAAAUCAGAGAAAUGAUCAGUUGGAGGAAGAUAUUGAUAUUGGAUCAGAGACUCCAGUAAAAGGCACUCCCAACACCCCAGGAUCAGAGGGAGGGCAAAGUCCUGUCUUGGGAAAGCAAAAUAAAGCUGCAGUCCAAAAGGCAAAAGGUCAGAAUGACCAGACAGACAUCUCCAAGAAACUGGACUUUGAAAACCCACCCAAAGCAGGUCUGGAGCCAACAGAGUCUGACUCAAGCAUCAAAAAUAAUAUGAAGAUCGAAGUGGAGAAUGUAUCCAUGCCGAGAUACUCUCCUCUGGUCUUUACUAACACACCUUCAUUGAUGCAAGAUGACAGCGACCUCACGUCCCCUUCUCUGUUACCGGGAGUGACGAACAAGAACUCCCAGAGUGAGAGGCUGCAAGAUAAGGGCUCUCCACUCAUGGCCAUCCUUUCCAAGAACACACACAGCCCAACCUCAUCCAGAGCAAAGAGGUCCCUGCUGAAGUCAGCAUCAAGCUUCAACCUAUCUCCUCCAAAGGAAAAGUUGAGGAAGAUGCAGAGGCACCAUACUACUGACAGGAAGCCGAAAUCAAUGUAUGAGAUGGUUUUCGAGCCCCCGGGUCCCACGAGCAAGAAGUUAUAUAAACAGACAAAAAUCUCGGCAGAGGUCUUUCAACAGAAGAAUAAGGCUCCUGGGGCAAAAGGAGAUGGGGAGGAAGAAGACGAAAGCCUUCUGGCUGCCAUGAAGGAGUCCUUGAGAAGCAAAGCCGUCGAAGACAUGAUGAGGAGGAAGGAGAAGGCUCUUCAGGCACUGGGGGAUCCUCUUGAAGGCGAGGCGGAGGAAAGGGAGGAAACAAGUGCGGCUGGUGUUCCUUCAGUAGAGCAGACAGCUACCUCAAAAAAAGGUAGCCGCAGUCCAGGUAAAGGGAAGACUAAGAAGAUCAGCAGUCCCAUAAAGCUUCCGAAGCUCAGUCCCACGAAACAUGUCAUGUUGAGUCCUUCCAAAGCAUUCAAGAGUCCCCUGAAGUCUGUGGGAGUCAGGAGUCUGAAGAGGAAGUCACAAGACCCUAGCUCCAGCCCAUCUAAGGCCCGAUCCAGCCCCAGGAAGCACAGCUCACUCACGACUCGAAAGCCCUCCGUUAGCGUCCCUCAGCCAGGAGAGAGAAAGAGCCCAAGAAAGAGACAGCAGCUGUCACCCCCCGAGAAGAAGAAUCGGAGUCCUGUGAAGAAGAGGAAGGUGGAGGAGGGGAAAGCAGGUGACUCAGGGAGCAAGGGGGAACAGGUCUUGGGCUUAGAUCAGCUGUUGGAAAAGGUGAACACGACCCCUUCCAGUGGUGAGAGCCAGUCUGCAAAAUCUCCGGCCAGGUCUUCUGGUCCAAGGAAGAUCUCGUUGAGAAAGAACAAAAGAGAAUUCUUUGAUAACAGCUUUGACGUAGUUCCUCAGAAGAAUGAAGAACCCGGCUAUGCCUACCUGGGUGAUGUUGUGAGGAAGAAAGAUGCCCGAAAGCAGUUAGAGGGCUGGGGGUGUCGAGAGUGUGAGAAAUGGUAUGAAAACCAGGACCUUGACCCAGAAGAAAAGAAGAGAUUGAUGAACAAAUGCUCCAGACAUCGCAGCAAGCACAACCCAGUCACCAACACACCCAAGCACUUCUGGGACCCUGGAUGGGUUGACACAGAGGAAUUUUAGUGUUAUUUAUAUAAGAUGCACUUGAACUGCAUGUAACAAUGUUGAAUGAAGAUAAAAUUUAUAAGUAGAGGUAUUUUUGUACAUUUUUGGAAUAUUUUUAUUAUUUGAUCUUAAAUAAAUGUACUAUAUGUA